AUGAGUCUCGUGCGCUUCAAGUUGGUGUUCUUCGCUCCAAGAAAAAACACGAAGGCCAUCCUGAAGCAGCUGUUCGUCCGUCUCCCCAACGCGGUCGGUAAGAUUGGUGACUACCAAGAGUGCGCAUUCGUCACGCCUGGCACCGGUCAGUUUAGACCAGGUGCAUCCGCGAACCCGGCCAUCGGUAAGCCAGGGACACUCGAGUAUGUGUCAGAAGACAGGAUCGAGGUUGUAGUCAACGAUCAGGGAAACAAAGCGGAGCUACGAAAGGUAGUCGAGGCGCUGAAAGCGGUUCAUCCAUACGAGGAAGUGGCUUACGACGUCUAUCGCCUCGAAGACCUAUAG